AUAACUUGUGAACCGAAAAGUGCAUGUUAUGUUAGCCUAAUGCAGCAGUUGAACUAAACUGUUCCAAUUGAAACCUUCAAACCUAACACACACAAAAAAAAAACUCACACAUCAUGUUCCAAUCACAUUAAUAUUUGACAAAGUGUUUGAUUUUAAAUAUCCACAAAAACAAAUGGGAACAGAAGACUUUACCUUCCCAAGAAUAAAUGACACUUUUCCAUAUAUCAUUGAUUCACCUCCUCUUUGGAAUUCAUCAUCAACAUCAUCCUCUUCUAAAAAGGAUAAUUUCUAUGAAGAAAAUUUGGACUCAAAGGGUCAAAGGAAGAGCUUUUCAUCAACACAAAAAGGAAAGAAAUCAACAAGAGAGUUAGAAGAUGAAGAGGUUGUUCCAAUGGAUUUAUUAUGGGAGGUUUUCAAUGAAGAGGGUGUUGAGUAUAGAUCCUUAACAAUUGGUAAUACAACAAAGAAUUCUCUUAUUCAUCAUACCAAGAAUAAGCCUAGUAUGUUGGAGAUGUUGAAGGUUUUGAAGAAACUUUUUUCCAUCAAUAAUUCUCAUGGUAAAUCAAGAAGGAGAAUGCUUUAAUUUCUAGAAUUGUUUUGGUGAUCAUGCUAUUGGUUUUUGGGUAAGAGUACCUAUUCAUGUUUUAUUUUUCUUUAAGAGUUUAGAAGAUAUAUGCAUAUGUAAAAGUACAUGAUAAAAUUACAUAGUUUUUUUUUUCUUUGAUUCAUGUGAGUUUAAUUAAUAUAUAUGUACUUUUUUUAAUUAAGUAAUCACACUUUUGUCCUAUUAUUAGACCUUUUGGACUUGAAUUGAUUAGGCUUAUUAGUGCAAUAGUUGCUUGUAUUUGGUUUAGUUUUUCUUUGAAUUAUGAAUGAUUUGUUUUGCAUGUAACAACUUGUUGUAUGUGGAAAAAAUUGAUUGGUUCCUAAAGGCUUGGGAUAAGAUUAUGUAAUAAUAUUAAUUUGAUAUGUUGAAGUUGCUUUUGACAAAGUAUGUAGAAAAGCUGGUUCAACAUGUU